CAGAUUGAAGUUAUCCCUUGUAAGAUAUGUGGGGACAAAUCUUCAGGGAUUCACUAUGGAGUCAUCACCUGUGAAGGAUGCAAAGGUUUUUUCCGCCGAAGCCAACAGAAUAACGCCACCUACUCUUGUUCACGGCAGCGGAACUGCCUCAUUGACAGGACCAACCGAAAUCGGUGUCAACACUGCCGUCUGCAGAAGUGCCUGGCGCUGGGCAUGUCCCGUGACGCAGUAAAGUUUGGCCGCAUGUCCAAGAAGCAGCGGGACAGCCUAUAUGCCGAGGUCCAGAAACACCAACAAAGCCAAGAACAAAGUGUGGGAACCAAGGAUGACCCAGAGACCUUGUCAAGGGUCUACACCACCAGCGUGAGCAGUGGACUCUCUGACCUUGAGGACAUCUCCAUGUUGUCAGAUAGCUUCCUCUUCGACUUUCCCUUGAGCCCUGAUGGGAACAGCAGCUACUACAACCUGGAUCUCCUGACAUCAGCACAGCCGUCGCCCGACCAGUCCAGUGUGGACAUCAGCGACACCAAGUUCAUUAAACAGGAAUCCAUCUAUGAGCUCAUGCUGGAACCCAGCCUCUUUCCUCACGGCCCCCUUGAAAGCAAUCCGUUGACCUCGGACAUUUCAGUGAUGGAAAUGGAGCGCCUAGCCCAGAAUGUUGUGAAAUCGCACCUGGAGACAUUGCAGUAUACCAGCGAGGAGCUGCAGCGGUUCGCCUGGGCGCUGUACUCUCAGGAGGAGAUAAGGACCAUGCAGAACACAAACUGCGAGGUGAUGUGGCAAGAGUGUGCCGUCCAGAUCUCCAACGCCAUCCAGUACAUCGUGGAGUUCGCCAAGCGCAUUGAUGGCUUCAUGGAGCUGUGCCAGAAUGACCAAAUCAUUCUUCUCAAAGCAGGUUGUCUGGAGAUUCUCCUCAUCCGAAUGACACGGGCCUUCAACCCACUGAACAACACCGUGCUUUUCGCAGGGAAGUACGGCGGGAUGCCGAUGUUUAAGUCCCUCGGUUGCGAUGACCUCAUCAGCUCCAUCUUUGAGCUGGGGAAGAACCUUUGCCGACUGCAGCUCUCUGAUGAAGAGGUGGCUCUCUUCACUGCUGUCGUCCUGUUCACACCAGAUCGGCCUUGGCUCUCUGAAUCCAAAAAGGUACAAAAACUCCAAGAUAAGGUCUACAUGGCUCUCCAGCACGAGAUUCAAAAGAAAAAUGUCAAUGAAGACAGGCUUUCCAAGAUGGUUGCCAAGCUCCCCUUGAUGAAGACAAUCUGCAGCCUUCACUUAGAUAAGCUGGAGCUUUUCCGCCUUGUCCAUCCGGAGACCACCAAGAAUUUCCCUCCCCUUUACAAAGAAGUUUUCAACUCGGAGCUUCAUUACAGCAACCCUCAGGAGAGCUAAAGCAGGAUUUACAGACCAAAACUUUUGUGGAAACUUCCCCAGAAUGGGGAAACAGAGUUGACUAACCCAUGGGGUCCGUUUUAAAUCAAGGAUCAACCACAAGACCUUGUGGGGCUGACUUUCCUCCUCCUCCUUGACCUCUUGCAGUCGAUCUGCGGUGAACUGCAGUCACUGUUGAAUGUAAUUGCACCUUUUUAAGGAUCCACUCAAAAAGCUAACUUUGGGCGCACUGGUCAAAUGAAUGUGAAAUGCCAUUCGGUAGAGAAGAUACUGCAUUAAGUAGUGUUAUUGCAUUCCUGUCCUUUCGUCACAAGCAUGUUCCAGCAGAACACGUCUUUUUGCCCUGGCAUGUGAAUCCGUCCACCCAAACUCACGAGACUUACAGCCAGCUGAUGCCCAACCAAAAACACCUCUUUAGGCCCACCUCGGUUGAUAAAUAUGUAUAUUUUUGCUGGUUUGUGCUUUUCCCUGGCAUGGUUCAAAUGAUUGAACACUGGACAUGCAGAAGGAAAACCAGACAGUGUGGACUUGUUCAACAUGAAGAUGGAAAUGUGUUGGGGGGGAGAGAGACACA